AUGGUGAUUGUAGCUGUGCGACGGCCAAGUGGCGAUUUGUUUGAGGUUGACGUGCCGAAAGAUGCCACGUUGAACACUUUGAAAGCUGCAAUCGCUGCAAAGACCAAAGAGGCAGUGACACGUCAGAAGCUCCUCCUGGGGCACGAGGUGCUCUCAGACGAGCGCCUACAGGCUGGUCUUGCAGAAGAAGAUCGGUUGGAGGUGCUCCAUUUGGUGAGUCGAUCCUGCACUUUGGUGACGCACCAACAUUCUGCAGCAGGGGUAUGGGACGGAGAUGACCAGACGCUUGUCCGCCCGGUCUUCCAGAAGGAUGACCUGGAUUUCACACAUGCCGUGGAUGCCAUGUACUUGGAGGAUGGAGAGCUGUACACUCUUGUGAGGUGCGGACGGCUGAGCGAUGAGAUCUAUUUCAUACAGCUUUGGUGUGGAGUUCCUGGAAGAGCUGUGGGUCGCUUCUCCCUACCUGGACGGUGGCUUAAUGAGAGUGUUCGCAUCGAAUUCUCGCCCGAGGGUGAAUUUGUCAUCGCCAGCUCGAUGGGGACCAUUCUGAUGUGGCGAACCUUGACGGGCGAAGAGAUACAACGAGCUGACUGUGCCCAUUGGGGUGGAAGUAUCAAGUCCAUGGUGUUGCGCCUGGCUGUGCUUUUCCAGGGCGACCCUGAGGGUAGCGGCAUUUUUAACAGGAAAUAUCACUUGAAUUUAUGGGAUUAUCAUGCUGGCCUGCAGAAGCAGUCUUGGGUGUGGCCUGAGCCUUUGGACACUCCUCAAGCUUUGCUGUCAGCUUCCGGGGCCCGUGUGGCGAUAUGGUCAUACCAGAAAGAGCUCGCCGUCUAUGACUGCCAGAGUGGCCACAGCAUUAAAACUUGGUUCGACGAGGCGCUCACUGUUGCGGUCCUCAAUUUCUCGCCAAGUGAGGAGGAGAUUGUGGUGUCGUACAAGCAAAACCUGAAAGAGGUGAAGAUUAUUCGGAUUGUUGAUGGUCAGAUGCGGUCUGCUUUGCUACCAGAAUGGUCUUCUUGCAGGUUCCUUUCUUCUGUAGGGUAUUCAGCAGAUGGCACAACGCUCGCGUUGGCCGAGGCAGGUGGUGUUCUACAUCGGUGGAAUGGGGCCACCUUGGACAUCUUGGAUUUGCUGCCGGCGACCCCGCUGCCUGCUGGAGACAUCAUGGAGUCGCAGAUUUGUCGACCGCUGUUGGAAAUCAUUGGUUUGCCAGCAUUGGCGACAGCAGAGGAGCGCAAUUUAUUGUUGUCCGACUUGGAGAAGGCACGAGACACAGCCAGCAACCUGGGUGUGCAGGAUGCCGGAGACAAAGGCGAAGGCUUCAAUUUCUGGGUUCUGGUGCAGCUUCUCCGCAUCCAGUUUAGCCGCAACGACGGCAAGGUCCUCGGCCGAGAGGCUCAGGCGGUCAAUGAGACCUUGUUUUCGCAGGGUGAAGUUGACAGCUUUCGGGAAAGCUUUGUAUCAUGGUUCGAGCGGCAGGCACGCCGAGGAUCCAUGGGUUCCUCCGAAGAGCAGGAGAGAAGUGAUUCGAGGAUCAAAGAGCUCAACAAGGGCACCGUCUUCAGUUUGAUCCGCUCGCUGGGCGUCAAGAUUGAUGAAGACCAAAGGAAAAGGCUAGAGCGCAAGAUUGAGGAGCUCAAUCCCAAUUUGAGCUUGGACUUCCCGGACUUCCUUCGGCUGAUGCGCUGGAUGGUCACUGUUGACUUCGGUGGGGUGAAUAGAACCAAGGCUUAG